UCCGAGGUGAGGAUUUACAGAUUCACUCCUGUGUACACCUGUGGCACGGCUGGAGUCCGCCUCUAUAUAGAUGGGCUUUUGAAUGUCCGUGACACACGUUAUUUCAUUUUCUCUUUGGACGUCCGUAUGGUUUGAAGUACAAACUUUCUGAAGUUCGCUUGACUGCAGGGAGGGAGAUGCAACAAAGGACAACAGACAAUGGACAGGUGUGCUGGAGUCAGAGCAGAUCCCUACCAGCUGCAACUCAUCCAUAAAUGAAGAUCUCUACAUAUACCCAUUCCUGCCACUUCCACUCUGCCAGAAUUACCGCUCUGUUUCUGGCUCCUGUCUCCUGUUCCACAUCUCACCACCUUGCUCUGGAUUUCACUCCCCACCAUUACAUUGGAUUCCCCUCAGGACCUGUUUCCCUGUCCUGCUCAGGCAACUCCAACCUCAUUCUACACUCCUGUUUUUUUUUGCACUCAUCUGAGCUACCCCAGUUCUGCACUUCAUAUUUCUCUGUGUUCAAUAAACACAUUCAUCCCGACUUCCUCUUCUGAGUCCGCUCUUGGGUUCCCCACCUUCGCUCCUCGUAACAGCAUCAUCUAUGUUAAUGUCUAAAGUGGAAGGACAGCUCUGUAUCAGCUAAUUUCAAUAUGUGCCAACCACACUGUUAGUUCCUGUUUCCACACACUGCUAGUCAGUUGAUUUACUGUACAAGUCCUUUCCACUUCACUCUACUGCAUGGAGAUGCAACAAUGGCAUUGAGAACAGCAGGAAGUGUGUUGAUGGUCUUUAUCUGGUCUGAGACAGUGGUACUGGGUCAGAAUGGCUGGAGGGUGACUUACAACCCUCAGAGUAUCUGUGCCUUGAAGAGGUCAACAGUGGAUCUGUCCUGCUCUUAUACAUAUCCCAGAGGUCAUACAGUCACAGGGACAUCAUGGUUCUAUAGAUGGUCUGUUGUGAAACCUCAGAAUGAUGAUCGUGUGGAGUACUAUGGGGACAAAGUGAAUGACUGCACCCUGAGAAUCACAGACCUGAGAGAGAGUGACUCAGCUGAGUACUGUUUUACAUUCAGGACUCAGAUCAUACAAGGUUAUGUCUUUCAAAGUGUGAGAAGUGAGAGCUAUUCUGGCAGUCCUGGAGUCAGGCUGUCCGUCACAGGCCUGGAGGCAAAAUUUCUAACUAUAGUGACAGAGGGAGAGCCUGUGACACUGACCUGUAGCACCACCUGUACUCUGACUGACAACCCCAACCCCACCUACAUCUGGAAGAAGAACAGACAACGUCUCACAAACCCAAAGACCAAAAGUAACUACCUGUACCUAGACCCAGUCAGCAGUGAGGAUACAGGCAGAUACUCCUGUGCUGUAAACGGCCAUGAGAAUCUCCCCUCUGCUGAAGAGACUCUCACUGUCAGAUAUGGCCCAAAGAGAGUGUCAGUAUCAGUCAGUCCUUCUGGUAAAAUAGUGGAGGGCAGUUCAGUGACUCUGACCUGCAGCAGUGAUGCCAACCCACCUGUGGUCAAAUACACCUGGUACAAGAAGAACGUAACCUCACCAAAAGCAUCAGGACAGAGUUACAGCAUCACUAACAUCAGCUCUGAGGACAGUGGAGAAUACUACUGUGAGGCUGAGAAUACAAUUGGAGCCCAGAUAUCUACACCUCAAUUGAUCAUUGUAGCCGAGAAACAAGCUUCUGUGAAGAAUGCAUCUAUAGGAAUCAUAGUGGUUGUUCUGGUUCUCAUCCUCUGUCUCUCUGUCCUUAUGUGGUUCAGGAAGAAAGCCUCCAAAUCCACCUCCGACACAAGAGACAGAAGAGACACAGUAGACAAUGGACAGCAAGACUCUAGUCCCGUGUAUGACAACAUCUCAGGCAUGGCCAUAACCCAUACUGCAGCACCGACAGCGGACAACCAGGAUAACGUUCAAUACGCCAGCAUUCAACACAGAAACCAGGAAGUGCCUGAAUACUCCACUGCCCAACCGUCUCAACCCCAGAAACAGGAGGAGGAUGUCCAGUACGCUGCUGUGAAAUUUAACCACACCAGUGCUGUUGACAUUCCAGUAGAGACCACUGUGGUACAGUACACUGGAAACACCAGGUUUUAGUGUAGCUGGUGAGACAUACAAAAGUAAAGAGAAAUAAGCCAAUUGUUAUGGACGAAUUGUAGGGAUAUUUUCCAACUAUUCUUCUUGUAUAAUAUGUUUGCUCCAAAAAUGCAUUUCUUGUAGAACUUCACUGACGUUUUGGUAGUUAGAAAGAGGCCUCAUGAAGACAGGACGUCAGCUCUGCAUCCCAAUUUUAGUCCCUCAGUACUUCUAGUUGGUGUCAACCACAGACAUCACAUUAUUAUUAUUUCAGUCAGUAGGUCCCCUUCCACACCUGGUGAUAUUAAUUUGCUACAUCACUACACCCUAGUUACACCUCCACACCUGGUGACAUUAACCAGGGUGUAGUGCUGUAGUAAAUGAAUGUCACCAGGUGUUGAGAUGGAGGUGUAACCAGGGUGUAGUGCUGUAGUAAAUUAAUGUCACCAGGUGUGAAGGUGGAGGUGUAACCAGGAUGUAGUAAUGUAGUAAA